GCGGGCGCGGCCCGAGGGAGGAGCUGGGGGCGGAAGCGGCCGGCGGUCUGCGCCCGGCGCGCCUCGGCUUCUUUCCGCCCGGCUCCUCCAGAGGCCCGGCGACCUCCAGGGCUGGGAAGCCAACCGAGGUUCGGGGGCAGCGGCGAGGGCUCCGGGUCAAUCCAAACUGGAGCUCAACUUUCAGAAGAGAAAGACGCCCCAGCAAGCCUCUUUCGGGGAGUCCUCUAGCUUCUCACCUCCAUGGGCCAGACAGCCCUGGCGAGGGGCAGCAGCAGCACCCCCACCCCACAGGCCUUGUACCCUGACCUCUCCUGUCCCGAGGGCUUGGAAGAGCUGCUGUCUGCACCCCCUCCUGACCUGGGGGCCCAACGGCGCCACGGUUGGAACCCCAAAGACUGUUCAGAGAACAUCGAGGUCAAGGAAGGAGGGUUGUACUUUGAGCGGCGGCCCGUGGCCCAGAGCACUGAUGGGGCCCGGGGUAAGAAGGGCUAUUCAAGGGGCCUGCACGCCUGGGAGAUCAGCUGGCCCCUAGAGCAGAGGGGCACGCAUGCCGUGGUGGGCGUGGCCACGGCCCUCGCCCCGCUGCAGACUGACCACUACGCGGCGCUGCUGGGCAGCAACAGCGAGUCGUGGGGCUGGGACAUCGGGCGGGGGAAGCUGUACCAUCAGAGCAAGGGGCCCGGAGCCCCCCAGUAUCCAGCGGGAACUCAGGGUGAGCAGCUGGAGGUGCCAGAGAGGCUGCUGGUGGUUCUGGACAUGGAGGAGGGAACUCUGGGCUACGCUAUUGGGGGCACCUACCUGGGGCCCGCAUUCCGCGGACUGAAGGGCAGGACCCUCUAUCCGGCAGUAAGCGCUGUCUGGGGCCAGUGCCAGGUCCGCAUCCGCUACCUGGGCGAAAGGAGAGGUGAGGCCUGGGGCAGACGUGGGGAGAACUUUCUGUCCCUGGUGGCAGCGGUUUGGGAUGGAAACUCUUCCGACAAGAGCAGAGGGGAUGGACCUUCAUCCAGCCUGCCUCAACCUCUGUUCAGUGCUGGGAAAGGCUAGGGGUCUUCACAGCUGUUAUUUAAUUUAAUCCAACAGGUGAAACAGGCUUGAGAAAGCAACUUUCUCAAGUUCUCUUGGCCAGUAAAUGGUGAACCUUCAGAAUGGAGGGAGGAACUCCAGGGAUGAGAGAAUUCAGGAGAUACCAACCCCUGAGCAAGAGGUGCAAAGGGUUAGGUACUGGGUUUGAUGUGCAGGUCCGAAAGGAGGAUGGGCAGAGCCAGGUACCCAGGCUGUAUACCGGAUUCCCUGGGCUCUAACCUGUCUCUGUGCCACACAUACCUACUUCCUUCCUCAGCCAAACCUCAGGAUGGAGACACUGGGGCCCUGGGCACCAGGGAGGAGAGCAGUGGAGGAGGCAGGGCCUUAGGGUGGGGCAGCAAGGGAGGAGCCUCCCCAGGAACUGACUGGGGCCAGGGCUUAGAGCUGCUCUCUGCAGUUGUGUGAGCUGUAGAGUGGACGGCCAUCCUUCCUCACCUCAGCCCCAGCUCCCAAGCCUCUGGAGUCAAAGCCUGGGCCAGCUCCACCACUGUCAAAGCCACCUUGGCCUAUUGCUUAGAGGGCCUUAGCCAGCUCUUCACCCCCAGCUCUGACUAGGGAUGUGUGAAAUCUUAUCUGGGAGGCAGAACUUCUGGGUAUCUCAAAUUCCCCUUUCAGCCAAGGUGGGCAGACUUGAAGCAGGAAAGCAGAAAGGCAUCUGGGCAGGACCCUGUAGUUUGAGGACAUCUGGCUGGUGGCUGCACCCAUACUUACAUUCCCCUCCUUCUCUCCCCCAGCGGAGCCACACUCCCUUCUACACCUGAGCCGCCUGUGUGUUCGCCACACCCUGGGGGAUACCCGGCUCAGCCAGGUAUCUGCCCUGCCCUUGCCCCCUGCCAUGAAGCGCUACCUGCUCUACCAGUGAGCCCUGUGAUACCACAGACUGUGCUGAGGCCUUGCCACCACCCCUCCCCUUGGGGAGGUGGGGAGGCACUGCUGGCCUAGACCAGCUGCUGAAAGCUGGUGAGGCUGAGCCCCUACCCCAGCCCAAGCUCUGGGGAAAUCAACAGCCCCAGAGCCACUCAGAGGGAGGAAGAAAGGGAGCCGGCAUUCAAGGCUAUGACAGUCUGCUACGCAAAACAUUUUUUCAAGUAAAAAUAGUAAGAGAUGUUGUUAUAGAAA